GGAAGAAGUAUGUCAGAAAUCCUCAGAGCUAUUAUAAAUUAAGAAACAAGAGCUUGAACUUGUACCGGGUUCACAUCAAAGCAGCUUUCUUACCAGCUCUGUAAGAUCUCUUCUGACUUUCUAGUCAAGGUCAAGUAAUAUCUGGGACAUGGCUCCAGAGAUCCACAUGCCAGACCCUGUGUGUCUCAUUGAGAACACUACGGAGAAACUGAGGGUUAAUCCAGAAGCUUUGGAGAUCCUGUCCGCUAUUACACAACCUAUGGUGGUGGUGUCUAUUGUGGGCCUCUACCGCACAGGCAAAUCCUAUUUGAUGAACAAACUGGCUGGGAAGAACAAGGGCUUCUCCGUGGGCUCCACGGUACAGUCUCACACCAAGGGAAUCUGGAUGUGGUGUGUGCCUCACCCCAAGAAGCCAGACCACACUCUAGUUCUGCUGGACACUGAGGGCCUGGGAGAUGUAGAGAAGGUUGAGAAGAAUGAUACCCAGAUCUUUGCACUGGCAAUCCUCCUGAGCAGCACCCUCGUGUACAAUACCAUGAACAAAAUUGACCAGGGGGCUAUAGACCUACUGCACCAUGUAACAGAACUGACAGAUCUGCUCAGGGCAAGAAACUCACCUGACCUUGAUGGGGCUGAAGAUGCUGCUGACUCUGGGAGCUUCUUUCCAGACUUGGUGUGGACUCUGAGAGAUUUUUACCUAGACCUGGAAACAAAUGGGAAACUUAUCACAGCAGAUGAAUACCUGGAGAAUUCACUGAGGCCAAAGGAAGGUAAUAAUCAAGGAAUUCAGAACUUCAAUUUGCCCCGUCUAUGUAUACAGAAGUUCUUUCCAAUAAAGAAAUGCUUUAUCUUUGACUCACCCACUCAACGAAAGAAGCUCACCCAGCUUGAGACACUGCAUGAUGAUGAGCUAGAUUCUGAAUUUGUGCAGCAAGUGGCAGAAUUCUGUUCCUACAUCUUCAGUCAUUCUACGAUUAAGACUCUUCCAGGAGGCAUUAAGGUCACUGGAUCUUGUCUAAAGAACCUGGUGAUGAUCUACAUCAAUGCCAUCAGCAGUGGGGAUCUUCCCAGCAUGGAGAACACAGUCCUGUCCUUGGCCCAGAUAGAGAACUCAGCCGCAGUGCAAACGGCCAUUGCCCACUAUGACCAGCAGAUGGGCCAGAAGGUGCAGCUGCCCACAGAGACUCUCCAGGAGCUGCUGGACCUGCACAGAGCCAGUGAGAGAGAGGCCAUUGAAAUCUUCAUGAAAAGCUCUUUCAAGGAUGUGGACCAAAGGUUCCAGAAGGAAUUAGAGACCCUACUAGAUGCAAAGCAUAAGGACAUCUGCAAACAGAACUUAGAAGCAUCAUGGGAUCGUUGUUGGGCUUUACUUCAGGAUGUUUUUGGUCCUCUAGAAGAAGCGGUGAAGCAGGGGAUUUAUUCUAAGCCAGGAGGACAUACUCUCUUCAUUCAGAAGACAGAAGAGCUGAAGGCAAAGUACUAUAAAGAGCCUAGAAGAGGAAUACAGGCUGAGGAAGCUCUGCAGAAAUAUUUAAAAUCCAAGGAGUCUGUGAGUAAUGCAAUUCUACAGACAGACCAGGCUCUCACAGCAAAGGCAAAGCAGAUGGAAGAGGCACGUGUGAAAGCAGAGGCUGCAAAGGCUGAAGCACAAAGGUUGCAGGAGCUUCAAAGGCAGAACCAGCAGAGGAUGGAGCAGAGGGAGAGACUCCAUCAGGAACAAGUGAGACAAAUGCAGCUAGCCAAAGAAAAACGGCAGGCAGAGCUACAGAGGACGCAGGAACUUCGGAUGCAGAAGGAGGCUGAAGACCUCAAAGCGGCACUGGAAGCUGAAACCAGACGCCUCCGUAAUCAGAUACAGCAUCUCCAGGCGACUGCUAACUCAUCACAUGAUCCCUGUAUCUUACUCUGAAGUUUAAACACUGGAGCUUCCCCUUCUUACUCUUUUUCAUGGAAGACACAAAGGAACAAGAAAUUAUAGACCUUGGAGUAAUCAACAUUUAAAUAAACGUUAUAAUUAUUACAUCAAACUUUUGUAUAGAGUUAAAAAGUUAUGAUGCUGGUAUCUGGUAAAAUGUACAUCUCAACAGUCCAAUAGUUUAAAUGAUGAUUGCUUCCUUGAAGAGAUUAUGAAUUGUAUAAUAAGGGACAUUUUAUCACUCCCUUUAUUUGGGGUUUAUAUUGGGAUGGUUCUACCCAAUGCCACCUGUCCAAAUUUCUAUAUUUGUCUCAGGGUCUUAUAAACUAUCUAGGGGGUGUCAUUCACAUGGGCUCAGUCACAUGGAACUUGGCCAAGGUCUUGGGCUAAGCUGGGCAUCACUCCUGCUGAUGGUCAUGUGCCGGAUGCUAUCAGAAGAAAGUACAGACAGUAAAGUGGAAACAAUGUACAGUUCUCAACGAGGUGGAAGCUACUAUUCUACGAGCAGUGGCUUGAUUCCUCAGCACUGUCAAUAGACCACCUACAUAGAGCAAUUCCAAGCUGAAAGCCAAUAAUGUUGUAGUAAAAUAGAGAUCCGUCAGAAGAUGAAAGGAAUGUGGUGAUAGAUAUGUUAGCUUAAUUUAAUCUUUCCACUUUGUAUUCAAAAAUCAUAACA